AUGGCGCUUGGUCUUACACUGGGUAUUCCAGCGAUGCUCUACUUAAGCGUCCUUGGAGCGUUGGUCGUUGCGCCCUCACUACAAGCCCACGCGAUAUAUCUUCACAAAGUCACUUUGACGUGGUCCAAGGAUCUCAACACUCCGGAGCAAUUUGGUUUCGCUCAUCGCCAAGUUACUCCCUUUUAUAUCCCAACUCCCGAUGGGGUGAAACUACACUCCUGGCAUGUGCUGCCUCUGGCGACCUACGAGUCAAAUCAACAAGACCUACUGGCACAAGGGCCCAAGGCUGGCUUGAUGGGGAUGUUCGAAGAGACUCUGAACUUUCGUCUGUUGAAAGAGAACCCAAAUGCUCGCUUGGUUCUUUAUUUCCAUGGGACAAGCGGGACGAUGGCAAGCGGGUGGCGGCCUGACAGCUAUCGCUCUCUCUAUUCCGCGGAUCCUGUGAACACACAUGUUCUUGCGUUCGACUACCGUGAAUAUGGCGAGUCAACCGGCUCGCCAAGCGAGCAAGGUAUUAUCACCGAUGCUAUUACUGUUGCCAACUGGGCCAUUCAUACUGCUGGCAUUCCACCUGAGCGGAUCGUCAUCUUUGGCCAAAGCCUAGGCUCAGCAGUCGCUCAGAUGAAGCCUGCGAUUCAUUUCGCUGGGCUUGUUGUUACAGCGACAUUCGCAGAUAUCCCUCAGCUGAUGGCCACUUACCGGAUUGGUGGUUUCAUUCCUGUGCUUUCGCCAGUUGCAAAGGUGAAGCCGUUAUUUGCUUUCUUUGCAAGACAGCUCUCCAGAACUUGGGACAACAUGCACAGAUUGGGCGAGUUUGUCAAGUUGGCUGAAAUGUACGAUAUCACCCUUCUGCACGCCGAGGAUGAUACAGAUAUUCCCAUGGAGCAUUCCAUCAAGCUCUAUAGGGAAGCUAUCCGCGCAGCAGAAGAUGCGAAGGACUUGGCAGGGAACGAAGAAGCACUCUUAGACAGUAUAGGCAAGGCUGAGAAAAGCCGGGGUGAAGGGGGCUCGUUGACUAUUUGGCCCACCAAGAAGGGUGAUAUCAGACUCGAGAUUUUGAAGUAUGGAGUGCACGACAAGAUCAUGUCCUAUCCUGCAACUGGGCUCGCGAUCAGCAGAGCUUUCGCUUCUGUCAGCCACCGAGUGCACAGCCCAUGA